AAAUUUGUAGGCUUUCAGGGGCUUAAUUCUUAGUCUCAAGCUUCAUUUCAUUUGUUUUGUAUUCAUUUUUCUUGAUCAACAUCAAUAGUGAAAAUGUCAUCUGCGGGUAUAAGUACUCUUAGUCCUGUUCCUGUUGAACCAUUGUUGUCUCCGAAGGCAUUCCAUUUCCCAUCACACUUGUCUUUGGAAGAUAAAUCCAUUUUCAUAUAUCUCUCCUUUUCUGGCUCAUUGAAUCCAAUAAGAGUUAUGGAAUAGGAUACCAUUGAGUCUGUAAAAUUCAAAAUCCAAAGGUGUGAGAGCCUUCCUUUCUUAACAAACAAACAAAAGUUGGUCUUUGCGGGCCGAGAAUUGGCACGAAGUGAUUCUCUACUCAAGGACUAUGGAGUAACAGAUGGAAAUGUUUUGCAUUUGAUAAUCAAACUGUCAGAUCUUCAGGUCAUCAAUGUGAAAACUUCUAGUGGGAAGGAAUUCACGUUUCAUGUGGAACGCGGUAGGGAUGUUGGGUACCUAAAGCAACGGAUGGCCAAAAGGGAGAAACAAUUUGAUGAUCCUGAGCAGCAGGAACUUGUGUGUAAUGGGGAGCAGCUUGAGGACCAGAAGCUUAUUGAUGAUAUCUGCUGCAAACAUAAUGAUGCAGUGGUGCAUCUGUUUGUUAGAAAAAAGCAUGCUAAAGUUCAGAGAAGACCCCUUGAGUUGUCCGUUGUAGCAACAGAUUUGGCUGAUAAGAAAAAGGAUUACAUUGUGCCAAGAAAGCCUCCUGACAGAGAUUUUGUUUUGGAGCCAAUUAUUGUUAACCCUAAAAUUGAAUUAGCUUCGGUGAUUUGGAAUAUGGUAAACUCUACAUAUGAUGGAUUAGAUAGUGGAAACUAUCCGAUCAGAUCUGCAGAGGGUACAGGGGGAGCUUACUUUAUGCUUGAUUCAACAGGGCAAAAGUAUGUGUCAGUUUUUAAGCCAAUUGAUGAAGAGCUAAUGGCUGUGAAUAACCCUCGGGGUCUUCCUUUUUCAUUAGAUGGUGAAGGCUUAAAAAAGGGUACAAGGGUUGGUCAAGGAGCAUUCAGGGAAGUUGCGGCUUAUAUUUUGGACCAUCCAAUGAGUGGUCGCCGCUUGUUAUUUGGUGAUGAGAAGGGCUUUGCUGGUGUUCCCCCGACAUUGAUGGUUAAGUGCUUGCAUAAAGGAUUUAACCAACCAGGAGGCUUGACUGCUAAGAUUGGCUCCAUGCAAAUGUUUGUGGAAAAUAAUGGAAGUUGUGAAGAUAUGGGACCUGGGGCUUUCCCAGUAAAGGAAGUACAUAAAAUUACUGUAUUGGACAUAAGACUGGCAAAUGCAGAUAGGCAUACUGGGAAUAUUUUGCUCAGCACAGAGGAGGACAAUGACCAGUCUGUUCUGAUUCCAAUUGAUCAUGGAUACUGCUUGCCCACAAGCUUUGAAGAUUGUACCUUUGAAUGGCUUUACUGGCCCCAAGCUCGCCAGCCAUACUCCCCAGAGACUAUUGACUACAUAAAGUCCCUGGACGCGGAAGAAGAUAUUGCCCUUUUGAAGUUUCAUGGAUGGGAUCUGCCAGUUGACUGUGCCCGUACUCUUAGAAUCUCAACCAUGCUUUUGAAGAAAGGGGUGGAGAGGGGAUUGACCCCCUUUGCCAUUGGAAGCCUGAUGUGCAGGGAAUCCUUGAACAAGGAAUCUGUGAUUGAGGAAAUAUUACAAGCAGCACUGGAUUCUGUUCUUCCUGGCACAAGUGAAGCUACGUUGCUGGAUGCUGUUUCCCAAAUCAUGGACCAGUGCCUUGAUGAGAUCGUCAGUUCCCUUUUAUAACUAGAGUUGUAUUCUGCAACAGUAGCAGGUAUAUAAAUGUCUAUGUGUACAUAUGUUCACGUACAUAUGUAUAGCUCAAAUAAUUGGGUUUUUAGUCCAUGA